AUGGCCUCCAGAGUCUUCCAGGAUGAUGAACUUUCCAGCCAGGAUAACUUUUCCUUGUGUUCCAGCACGCAUCAGACCCAUGGAACCCCCAAUGGACUCCGGGGACUAUCAUGGCCGUUGGGCGAUAUGGACGCCCUGGACAAUGGGGUCAUGUCGUCCUCCAAGCCCGAGUCCCCCGAGGUACAGAUGCUGUCUUUCUCCCUGUCACAGCAAUUGAUGCCCUCCACCGUGGGCCCCAGUGAUGUAAUGUAUCAUCACAAUGGGACCGAGUUCCCCGGACUCCAAGAUAAUGACCUGGAUUUCUCCCACACGCAGGACUACCACUACUCCUCUCUCGUGGACUUCACUGCGUAUGACAAUGAUACCAGCGGACAGAAUGGCACCCAGUCCUGCACCCCGGAUGAGACGCUCAGCCACGGCUCUCAUGCGGAUGACACCAAGCUGUCGAGCAAUGAUACUUGGAACUCCUUGAUGACCGAUGCCCGGAACUACCAGGGAUCAAACAUGGACCAGUUCACUUCCAAUCUCUUCCAGACCAUGCCGGUCUCUCCGCCCCUGACGGACGCGAGCCAUGAUAUUUCCGUGACUUCUUCCUGCUCCCACUCUGGAUACCCAACCUUCAUGACCCAUGAGGAUGCCAUGUUGAAAGAUGUCACCGCGACUCCCAUGGCAUCCCAAGGCAUCAACCUAGCAGAUCCGCUGUUCCCCUUGACGCCGCCGCUGAGCGACCAAGACCCCAACCGGACCAUCCGACCCUCCAAGGGCGCGCGGAGGCCCGCGCUGCAGACGUCGCCGUCCCGAUCCCAGCCCAAGCAGGAGUCUGAAAUGUUCCCACCUCUGCCAGCCAAGGAGUCCGUCCGGCCACGAUCCAAGGAGACCACCGAAAUGAGAAAUCCCCGGGACCACCCCUACUAUUCCUUGCCCACUCACAGCGAUGGAAAAUACUACUGCCCCUUCACCAACGGAGAGAAGCCCUGCAACCAUCCGCCAACCACCCAGAAGUGUGCCUACCAUAAAUAUCUGGAUUCCCAUCUGAAGCCCUACCGCUGCAAGGUGCCUGCCUGCAUGGAUGCCCAACUGCAAUUCUCCUCCAAUGCCUGCCUCUUCCGCCACGAGCGCGAAGCCCACGGAUUCCACGGCCACGGAGACAACCCCCAUCUCUGCCUGUUUGAAGGAUGCGACCGCUCCGUCCCCGGAUACGGCUUCCCCCGCCGCUGGAACCUCUUUGACCACAUGAGACGGGUGCAUGACUACGCCUCGUCGGACCGCCCCAGCUCCCCGGACGCGUCGCCCACCAGCGGCCAGGCCCCCAAGAAGAAGGACGCGCCGCCCCGCAAGCGGAGAGUCACCGGCGUGAGCGGCGCCCAGACCAUGAAGCGCACUCGCUCGUCGCAGUCGCAGACCAACCCGCUCAAGGCCGCCCAGCAGACCACCGCCCACCACGGCCAGCGGCUGCAGAACGCCGAGAGGAACUACCACAACUGCCGCGCCCGUCUGCUCGAGGAGCUGCGCCACAUCACCCCGCAGGACGCCUCCAUGCACGAGAAGGUCAAUGCCAGCCUGCAGGAGCUCAUCACCCUCGGCCUGAACUAUCGGCACAUUGAAGCCAGCCAGGCCGCCUCCAACAUUGCCAAUGGUCUUCCCGCUUGA